GUCCCAUUUACUACCAUCUCUUCUUUCUCUUCCUCCUCUUGUCCUAACAAAAAAAAACAUUUCUCUUUUUGUUCGAUUCAGGUUAGCUUCUGAUCAUCAAUCAACACACAGUUUCUUUGUCCCAGUAACUAGAUUAUCUCUUAUGGGAAACUGCUUCUCUGAAGAUGUCUCCUCUGGCCCUGGCGCUAGAGCCAGCGUUAGUGGAACUGCUUCCUCCUCCACGGCUCUAACCACUACUAACGAUGCUGUUGAUUACUAUCUUAAGUCUCGUGGCUUCAACGGUCUCUUCUCUCAGAUCGAGUUAUCCUUUUCUGCUUCAAAUUUACGAGAUCGUGACGUGCUCUCCAAGAGUGAUCCUAUGGUGGUUGUGUAUAAGAAGGAAAAAGAUGAGACACUCUCCGAAGUGUUCCGCACAGAAGUUGUUUUGAACUCUUUAGCUCCAAAAUGGAUUCAGAAAUUCACACUGGCCUAUCAUUUCGAGACUGUGCAGACAUUCUUGUUUCGUGUGUAUGAUGUUGACACCAAGUAUCAAAACUCAAGAGAGGAGAUGCUUAAGCUUGAGGAUCAGCAGUUUCUUGGUGAAGCUACAUGUGCAUUGUCUGAGAUAGUAACAAAAUCAACUAGGACUAUUACAUUAGAGCUAAAGCGCUCACAGACUCAGCCUCACCAUGGAAAGCUUAUUGUCCAUGCUGAGGAGUGCCUUGCUUCCAAGAUUUCAACAGAGAUAGUAUUCAGAUGUUCAAGUUUGGAAUCUAAAGAUCUUUUCUCAAAAAGUGAUCCAUUUUUGGUGGUAUCAAAGAUUGUGGAGCACGGAACUCCAAUCCCAGUGUCUAAAACUGAAGUCCUGAAGAACAAUCUUAACCCUAUUUGGAAACCACUCUCCCUAAGUGUUCAACAAGUCGGUAGUAAGGUACUGAAUGAAUAUAAAGUUUCUGUCUCUCUCUGA